AUGCAGCCAUAUCAAAGAAUACCGAUCGCCUUGAAGAAAAAAGUGGAGGCUAAAGAGGAGUUGUUAGAUGCAGACAUCAUUGAACCAGCAGAGGAAUUUCAAGAGGCUGUAAUGGAGGAGGCAGUGCACAAUGGAGCGGUGAGGACUGGUGUCACUGCCACAAAGGGACUUGGCAUAAUUCAAUUCGCCCACUGCUCAGCGACCUACUCAUGCGAAUAG